GCAAGGGGUAUGACCGUGGAGGGCACCGGGGAAGAAUCAUGAGUUUAAUAUUCACGAUAUUUAUUUACUGGUCUCUAAGUGCAGGUGUGUGGAGUGUCCAUCAGAUCCUGUGGCUGCCCUGCUACUUCAUUGAUGAGCGUGUGUUUUUGAAUAAGGACAACCACACAGAGACUCAGCUCAUCCACAGAGAGGCUAUACUUCAGUUUGGUCAGAAAGGAGAUGCUCCUGUUAACCCAAACGCCAUCACUUUCCUGAUCACCAGAUCAAAGUUGGAUCUGCUGCAGUAUGUGGAGGGGGUGGAGGCAGAGCAGCUGAAGUGUGAGCUGCACAGAUACAGCACAGAGGGCGGUUACGUCCGCUGGCCUGUCCUCGGUGCCCAUGAGUACAACCACUGGUUUACCUGCAUCCUCAGACACAGCAGGGGCCUCUUCACCAUCACCAGCUUCCUCAGGCGCCCCUUCGACCAGCCUCCCCCAGGACGACCAGACUACCACAAAUGGCCCCCCAUCCCUAACAGAGAGGUACUCACCACCACAGUCGCCAUGGUCAUCAAAACACAGACUCCCUCAGUUAAAGCACGCCUGAAGUUCCAGCAAAAGCUCCACUGCCAGUUUGAUGUCGACCACAAAGGUGCAAAGGUCACUGUGGAGUGGCACAAGCAGCACCACGGUGAGAGGACCAAGCUCUUCAGUUACAACAGGCGCACAGGACAGACCCAAGGAAGUGGUGUUGGACUACGUGCCUUUGCAGCCGGAGAUGCCUCCUACACCCUCGCCUCCACCAUGAUAAGCAGUGAAGGGACCUACAUUUGUUCAGUGUCCGUGAAUCCACUAUUCGGCAGGGUGGAUAUAAAUCUGCAGAUUGAAGAGCCUCCCCAUGUCUCCCUCAAUGUGGGACCCAGUCUCUCACUAGUGGAGGGUAACAAGAGGAAGAUUGUGUGUGGGGCAAACAGCUACUACCCUCGGGAUGUGGAGAUAAUUUGGUACGAGCAGGAUCCAGUCAUGUUGGACGCUCCACAUCCCAGGUCACUGGAGAAUGUCUUCCUUUCCUACCACAAAGAAAAUCGGGACAUGACCUUCUCGUUGUCGGGCUUCUUCUACCUCCAGGCUUCGCUCAGGGACUCUGGGAAAAGGUUCACAUGCAGCGUUUCCCAUCAGUCCCUGAAAGUGCCCAUCACAAAGAGCUUCACCCUGAUUGUGGAAGAGCCAACAAACUGGAUGUUGUACCUCGCUGUGGGCUCUGUUAUGAUCCUGCUGUUGUAUGUGAAGCGGCGCUACCUGCACUCAGCAUGGAGAACGUUAGCGGGUAAGGCGAUAUAAAAACAAACAAACUGGAGGACUGGGAUCAGAGCGAGAGGAUGUGGCCCCAUUCUCAACACACAAGGCUGGCUGGCAAACUGUCCUUUCUGGGGUCCCCAUAGAAACACCAGUGAAAGGUAGAUUUGUGUCGAUGUGUAAACUCCUGCAUGUAUGAAUGUAAAACAGUGCAAUAACAUUAAAACUACUGAAGAUUACGGGUUAGCAGCUGCUGAGCCAGUGGAUUCAGGAGCCAGGACUGAUUCUUCUGAUGCACGAGACACUUUUUGGACUAAACACUGGGGAGACAAGGUUCUAUAUAGAGCUGAAUAAAAACAGAAUAUUGGAAACUGAAUGUCAGUUUACUAAAUGAAGAUUACUGUAAAAUUAAUAAAUAUAAUAAGGAUGCUGAAAAGAAUGAAUCCAUAAAUAAAAUAUGCACUACCUUUACUAUAAGCUUUUAUUUAAACACUCAGGUGAAAAAUAAACCAAGUAAGAUGAUGUUUGGAGAGCGCGGGCAAUUCUAGGUUUAAACCUUUUUUUUGGGGGGGGGGUUCAGCUCCCAGUCAUGCAUGCAGUGCCUUUAUUUAUUAGUAAUGGAACAUGCUGUUUGCAAAUGUCAUCAACCUUUUUCACACUUGCAAACCUUAACUCAUUUUGAUUAACAUCACAAUGUCACCUUCAAAAGGAAAUGAGUUCCUCUAAGAAUAAUUCAGAGUGAAUUGUGAGAGAUUUCAAUCUAAUCCACCCAUUUUAGCAUGGAUCCAAACUGAGGCAAAGGCUCAGUCAUUAAAGAGGCACUAUUUCAGUUUCUUAAUCACAUAGAGCCAGCUCACUGAGUCACCAAGCACUUAAAGUAGCAUUACAUAGUAUAAACAAUGGAAAAUCCCUGCAUAGACCUUGUACAUGAAGCAAACUUGUAAUAGAGUUGUUUUAUAUGUUUUUGAAUUCAUACAAAUGCUCCCUUUAUUAUGCAGACUCAGCAUAAAGCAUCAUGUACCCCAAUUUCACGAGUGGAGAACAGAUUUGUAGUCUGUUCCCUCUGACUCUGUGUGUCUCUCUCCAUAUUCCUGGAAUUGUAUUUUUUGGAAAAUGAUAAAAAUAUAAUCUUAUAAUUACUAUAACAGCAGGUUGGUGUUCCAAAUAAUCAACAACAGUACAACCCACUACUUAGAUACGUGAAAUCAUCAUUAAUAAAUGUGGGUAAAAAAUGAAGCUACAGCUUUAUAAUUUUUGGUGAAUGUGACUACAUGUCCACUCUUACCUGUUUCUUUUUGCUCUCUCUCUUUGCUGUCUUCACCCUACUCCCUCUCUAUCCUCCUCUCUCUCAGUCUUUGUGCCAUCACCCAAAUGUUAAAUGUUGCAGUGAAUAAAAGAUAAACUGAUCCAUAUCAGUUUAUAGCAAUAUUCAAACUGAAUACAGGUUGCUGCUGACAUACAUAGAUAACAACAUUCUGACUUGCUGCCACCUGGAUCUGGAGCUGUACAGUAAACAAACACUGAAGCCCAAUUUGACCAGAAUAGGAAUAGAAAUUUGUAACAAACUAUUAAUAGUAAAGUUCAUCAGCUCCUUGGCUGGCAACUCGCAAUAUCCCAGCACACUAGUGGAUUAAAGGUUAAAAUUAGCUACAUCAGCUAAUGCUUUUGACCCUAUAUAGCAUGCUUGAGCACACCCAAAAAGAGUCUAAACUUGCCUAUCAUGAUGUUAUGAUGGUAUGUCCAAGAGCAGCCUGUAUUCAGAGUUCAUGAUCCCUUUAUAUUAAAAAUCACAAGAAAAAAUUAAGCUGAGCAGAUGAGAAGAAUUCCUCAUAUUUUAUCAGUUUUAGAAAAGACAACAAAAUUCAGUCACAGGUUUAUUGGUAACUGCAAAGAUUUGAAAGAAGAGUCGAAAGAGAAGCACUCUCACUAAUGGAGGGUAACAAGAGGAAGCACUCACGUUUUUUACUCCAGAGUGUUCCCACAUAGCAGACAGGUCUGGCCCGGAUCUGGUGUCUAGCUGCCACUGCUGGCUGACUUCUG